AUGGGGGAUUUGUGGGACGACCUCGCUGUAACGCAGAAAGAGAGACAGCAACUCACAGACUCUGUCCAGGCAAUUAAAGACUCGUGUGCCAAGGAACAUAAUAAGAAGCAUUUUGGCGAGUGCCCAGAAUGCUGGCCUCGAUUGAUCAACACAAUCAGGGAUCGCUACCUCAACUCAUCGACUAAGGAGUGGUUUUCAGGGAGACGAUUAUUCCUCCAGGAGCUCGACACUUUGUUCACCCAGGCCCUGGCCCAGAAAGUCGGCAUUGCGGCCAUUGAGCAGCGGAUAGAGGAUGAGAAGAAGGAGUGGUACCGCGACAAGCUGAAGAGUUUGGGCUUGGUGUCGGCGGCCAAGAACUCAGAGCAAACCAAAGCCCUGCAGAAUCUACUGAGCGAUCGAGAUAUGCCCGUGGACGACCUUAUCCCAGCUCUGAGGAGCACCAUUAGCGAUGGCUCCAUUGCAAAUCAAGAGGCGUUCGAUGUCUUCGCAGAUCGGCUAAAGGCUGCUAAAACACCACAGGACAAAACCGACGUGUACGUCGACAUGUUCUUUCAACCACAGCACGAUCCGGAGGGUGCUGCAAAGUCUCAGAAGUAUAUUGAGAUGCUGCGCAACGGAGCACCUUUGUCCGAUGUAAUCAACACCAUGCUGCGGGAUCGGCAGGCCAACAAAGGGGUCCAGGAACAGAAACUAGCCCUUCAGAAGCAGAUCGAGGAGCUGCGAAGGGCAAAGGCUGCCCAUGAGUCUGACAAGGCGAAGAAGGCGAAGAUCAGGCAGGACAAGGCGGACGCUGCAGCCGCCGCCGAGCAGCAAUACAAGCUUCCACCCUGCGACUCCUGCGGCAGACCAGGAAACGACCAGGGCUACAGUGCUUGCAACUACUGCCUAGCGCUCUCCGAGGUGUAUCACAUCCCGGAUCGUCCUAUGACGAUAUUCUGUUCGGACGAAUGCUGGGAUAAUGGUGCAGUGAAGCACGACCGGGAGGCACACAGUUGCGCUUCUGGUUCCGGUUGCAUACUCUUACAAGAGGGAGAGGAUGUUGACAUGGACCAGCACAACCGUACUCGUGGCUUUUGCCAGGAGUGCGUCUUGGACCACCAGAUCGAGUCGAUCUUCUGCAGCCUGCAGUGCCUUGAUGCAAACUUUCAGAAGCACAGGGAAGAUGUACACAUUCCUAAGAGGGAUGGAGCAGGACAGAUAGGCGAAGACGAGGUGGACCUCGAAUAUGCGUCGGAGGACAAGACAAAGUACCGUGCACGGAAGAUCGAAAGCCACUGGACCCCACUGGAUGACGCCCUCAAGGAGUUCACGCAGAAGACGGGAGCCCGUCGCAAAGACGACCCAGAGGCCAAGCCCUCGGAUAUUUAG